CCCCCCACAAUGUACUUACUCUGCUGACAUUUCAGAUCCCGCCACUCCCACCUGCUCUGCAGUAACCCCUGUGUUCCCGCCAUUCUCCAUCACCUGAGCUCUCCUGCCCACAUACACAUCUGCUUCCUCUUCCUCAUCAGCCCAGUAGCUUAUACAGCAGCCCACUUCCAUUCAUUCCCCGCCAGAUGAUCUAUUGUGCUUCCUUGUCCAACCGGUUUGCCUUUUAUGACCCCUCUACCUGCCUUUUGGACUCUUGCUCUCUUGCCUGAUCCCCUGUUGGAUAAGUUUGCCUCAUCUCCCCUGCCUGUCUUUUUUUUGUUUUUUUACUUUUGCCUGUUUUAAACCUGGAGUAAACUUGAACUUUUCAUGUUACCGGCCUGGUCUCGGAGUUGUGCUUUUGGAUUCAAACCAAACAAAGUUUUUACUGAACUUUUACAUGCACCUGCCUUAAAACAUCAGCAAUUACACUUAUUCUAAUUUUCAUCUUAAUUUCUUGUUUAUUUGAGUUCUCUUGAUUUUAAAGUAAAAGUGCAAAGGCCACAUAUUGUGUUAAGUGCAGUGUAUGUUGUGCGUGCAGAUUUGUGUGCAGUGCACGUACAGUAUAGUCUCUGUUUGUUUUAGUCCUUGGUCCACCUGCAGGAGGAGCUGUGGCUCGCUGCAGCCUCUCUGAAGCAGAAGAGAGAGAUCCCUCUUUUUCCUCUUCAGUGGCAUGAAUAAUAUCCCCAGUGCUGGAGAGAGAGCAUAUCAAGAGGCUAACGGGAAGGGGAGAGAGAUAGCAGCCAGUGUGACAGAUAAGAGCGUGGCAGAACUUGUCUCGCUGACUGCACCGUGGGGCUGGGGAAAGAGAGAGCCAGUGCACCAGAGUGUCAGGCAAGGCUACUGCCUGCACACACACACACACACACACACACACACACACACACACACACACACACACACACACACACACACAUGCACACAGACAGACCCCUCAGCCCGGCACCAGAAGAAGUUCAGAGAGAAGACUGACCUCAAGAAGCCUGAGGAAGGAUGGAGAAGCUGUCAGGGAAAGAGAAGGAGCUGAUACGAGGCAGCUGGGAGAGCCUGGGCAAAAACAAAGUUCCUCAUGGUGUCAUCAUGUUUUCCAGACUGUUUGAGCUGGACCCAGCACUCCUCACUCUUUUCCACUACACUACAAACUGUGGCUCCUCACAAGACUGGCUCUCCAGCCCGGAGUUCCUGGAACAUGUCACCAAGGUGAUGCUUGUGAUCGAUGCAGCAGUCAGCCACCUGGACGACCUUCACACCUUGGAGGACUUUCUGCUCAACCUUGGGAGGAAGCAUCAGGCAGUGGGAGUCAACACACAGUCAUUUGCUAUGGUUGGUGAGUCCCUUCUCUACAUGCUGCAGUGCAGUCUGGGCCAGGCCUACACGGCGCCGCUGCGUCAAGCCUGGCUCAACAUGUACAGCAUCGUAGUAGCAGCCAUGAGCCGAGGAUGGGCCGAGAACGGGGAGGACAAGGCCGACUGAGUUGGACUGGGAGUUGCUGAGCAGUUGCUGUCAAAUCACUCAACAUGGUUGCCAUGGAAUAAGGUUGUGUAACUUGCAGCAUUGUGGCUUUGGCUGCCGUACAUUUGCUCUGUGAGUGAGGUCACAUAGCGUAGCGAAUGUACGGUGUGGUUACACUUUAUAAUUGGAUCGACCAAUCGCAGAGUUUAUUUUCUUUGCUGAGGAUGUUUAGCUACCAGAUGAUGCUGCUGUACAGAUGUGGGGAUCUGAGCCAGCCUGCUUUGGUUCUUCUAAGCCUGGACCUGUAAUCUGAGCGCCUCACACUGAGAAAAAGCAACAGGAUAACUGUUGAGUCUCUUUGUACAUAAUGGCUUUGAUAUACAGUAUCUACUCAAAUAACAGUGACUGUAGUGGUCUUUGUGAUGUAUCUUAAAAGAGUGGCACAGUUGUAAAACACUAAAUAUUAUAUUUAGGCAUCACACUCUACUCAAACUGUGAUAGUUACUGUGGCCAGCACGGCAGCUCUCUAUCUAACUGGAACACAGUGAUACUUUACAAAACAUGUUAAAGGUUUUGGGACAAAGCAAUGUGAUUUUACAGAAGAAAAUCCUAUCACCUUAGUCAUAACCAUUACUGUGUUUUCUAUUGAUAGUACACAUCAUUACACCUACUUUAGUGUGUGACUUUGUUGUCUGACCUGUUAAUUAAAAAUGAUAUUCAAUAGAUACUGACAAGAACUGUUAUACUCUCUGAUAGCUCUCUUUAGAGAUCUAUGACUGUUAAGGUGUCCAUGUGCACCUUAAUCAACAUGGUGUGUGAUGCCCUCCUCAGUAGAGAUUGUGAUUAUUUUAGUAGGCUUCAGCUGACUGUUAAACUCUAACUAAUAGACUGUUAUGUUGACUAUUUACAUUAGAGUAAAGGGCAUCUUUGUUCCUUGGCUAUCAGUUUCCAGUCAUUGUAAGUGUAAAGUAGUUUUCUCUCUCUCUUGUAAUCGCUUAUCUCAGUAAUGCAUAUUAACUGUGUUGUUGUGGCUACAAACAUAGUAUUACCUCAGCUUUAGAUGUGAAAAUCAGCACAGUGGCCAGUGUUUCUCCAACACAGAGCUUCCACAUGGGAGUGAAUAUUUAUUUUGGAUUAUGAAACAAAGACGAACUUAAUUGAUGAUGAUUUUGUUUCCUUUAAAUUCAUUUACACAGAACAAAUAAUAGAAAGAUACUGUGUGCUGACGAUGUCCUAUAUGUGUGUGUGUUAUUAUUAUUGCUGCCAUAACACUGUAUGUAUCAUCAUCAGCUGUUAUUGACAUUCAUGGUCAUUAUGCCAAGUAACUUAGCAACAGUGCGCCAAGUAUUAGAUAAUAACACCAUACAACUGUAAAUCCAAGCUGCUGAUAUGUGGUUAUUAUCGCUUUAGUCUGAGUUUACAUUUAUAAAGUUUAUUUUUAUAUUCUGAAAUGUAUGUGUUGUUACAGAGCAUCGAUUUUAUUUCUUUUCCAAAUGUGACAUACAGUAUAUCCUCCAGAUAUUAUUACCUUAGUGGAUUUCCAGUUAAUCAACCCAAAUGUUCUGCUUUUAAUCGGGUUUAUUUAAUCAAAAGUAAUAGAGAUAGAUAUUAACUUCUAAAUGUGCAAUCCUUACAGAAAAUUAUAAAAGCAGUUUUCUAUUGAACUAUUCUAUCCCCCCUGUUCAGUCUCUACUACAGCCCACAGGUGUAAUCUUUAUUAACUGACUGUGUAUGUGGUGUAUUUAUAGUGAUUCUUUUCUUAGUAUCAGUACUCAGCCCUAUGCAGGUUGUUCUUCUCCACUUCUCUGUUUUCAAUUACCUGACCGUAGGUCUUUUUAGCAGGCAUGGUUAACAUCCAGCUCUGUACAUAUUGGGUGUGUCACUGUCUACCUCAUUAUUAUCAGCUGCUAUUGAUCAGCGAUGACUUAGUUAGUUAUCCUUCAACCAAAAACGCACAGUAUGAUUAAAAUGAAUGCACACUCUUUGUAAACUGGAUACCAUUCUUUGAAAAAAACAUGUUGUGUGCUUACUUGAUACUAAAUAAAGUGAUCUGUGGAUAUUUAACUGCUCAA